UUUGUCAGAAUCUAACCCCUAGUAGUUUCUUCCACCUUUUCUUUUUCCUAAAGUUUUCAUUUACACCUAAACACUCUCAUUUCACUCCUAAUCUGCACAAACACAUCUUUCAACCUUGUAGCACAUAAAACUACGUAUAAUCGAAUUAAAACUUAGCAAAAAUUUUAUGGUGCAUAACAACUUGAUCCUCUGGCCUAUUUGUAGGUAUUAUAAUGAUAAUGUCUAUCCCUGGUUGGAUGCAUAUACAGAAGAUGUUGGCUCUGGAUCACAUUUACACAUCAGUUUGUCUAAGAAUGGAGAAAACGUUUUUACGGCAUCUGAAGAACCAAAUCGGUAUGGGAUAUCGAAGAUUGGAGAAUCGUUCAUGGCUGGGGUGUUAGAUCAUCUUCGUUCCAUAUGUGUAUUUACAAUGCCUAUCCUUAAUAGUUAUCAGCGCCAAAUGUUUAAGUCGCUGAAUUCGUAUUACCUUUGCUGGGGGAUAGAGUGCAAAGAGUUAGUUGUAAGAGCUUGUUGCCCUCCUGGAGCUGCAGAUAUAGUAACCAAUUUUGAAAUUACAACAUUUGAUGGAACUGCAAACCCACACCUGGGUCUUGCUUGUAUAAUUAUCGCUGGGAUCAAUGGCUUGCGGAGAAGAUUGCCAAUUCCAGAACCAGUUGAGCCAAACGCUUAUGUCUUUGAUUACAACGAUUAUAACGACGAUAUAAGAGUACCAGGGGAUCUUAGAGACUCUAUCAUCCAUAUAGACUCAGAUGAAUGGUUUAAGGACAUGUUGGGUGAGAACUUUGUGGAAACGAGCGGAGGAGUCGUCCGCGAGGAGCUUGGACACAGGCAGUGCGAUAGAGAAAAAAUAUACGCGUACAUUGUAUUCAAUUAUUAGGUUUACUAUAUGCAUCUGUAAGAUAACGGUGGUUUAUGAAUUAUUAAUUGUCAUAUUUUAAUUUCCUUUAUUGUGUCCUAUUUCAUGUC